GCCCGGCAGGGGGCGCACCGAACCGAGGCGCUGUUUCAACCAGAGGAAGCAGAAAGUUUAAAGUCCAGAGCUGCAGAUAGACUUCAGGUUCGGCUGUGAGUGUGGUUCUGACAGGUUCGGCUGUGUCUCCUCCAACAUGAACAGGCUGAAGGUUAUUUCUGGACACCUGUCUCCCGGAGGCUCAUCCUCGGAGCUCCGGCCGGCGCUGCGGAGCUCAGAGACCGGCUCCGGGGAUGAGGUGGUGGUGGUCCACGGGCGGAGGACGGCCAUCGGGAAAGCCAAGAGAGGCGGUUUUAAGGACACCACACCUGACGAGCUGCUGAGCGCCGUGAUGACAGCUGUCCUCACAGACGUGGGACUGAAGCCRGACCAGCUGGGGGACAUCUGUGUGGGAAACGUCCUGCAGCCUGGAGCGGGGGCUCUGAUGGCUCGAGUGGCUCACUUCCUCAGUGGGUUCCCGGAGACGGUUCCGGUGUACACGGUGAACCGACAGUGUUCCUCUGGACUGCAGGCGCUUCUCAACAUCGCAGGAAGCAUCCGGAGCGGGACCAUGGACCUGGGCCUGGCCUGUGGGGUGGAGAGCAUGUCUCUGCGAGCCAUGAGCGACCCAGGAGACCUGAGCUGUGAUCUGAGCCAGAACCAGAAGGCCAGAGACUGUGUGGUCCCGAUGGGGAUCACGUCGGAGAACGUGGCUGAAAGGUUCGGGGUCUCCAGAGACCAGCAGGACUCGUUUGCUCUCAGCUCCCAGAUAAAGGCGGCCCGGGCUCAGGACUCGGGUCGGUUCGACUCGGAGAUCGUUCCGGUCAGCGUCCGCUUCGUGGAGGACGGCGGCGCGGAGCGUCGGCUGACGGUGAGUAAAGACGAGGGCGUCAGACCCGGAACCACGCUGGCUGGACUCUCCAAACUCCGACCCGCCUUCAAACCCGGUGGCAGCACCACAGCAGGUAACUCCAGCCAGGUGAGCGACGGGGCGGCGGCGGUUCUGCUGGGCCGCAGGUCCGCCGUGGAGGCUCUGGGUCUGCCGGUUCUGGGAAUCCUGAGGGCCAGCGCCGUGGUGGGGGUCCCCCCAGAUGUGAUGGGGAUCGGACCGGCCUUCGCCAUACCUGCAGCGCUGCGACAGGCAGGUCUCUCUCUGGACGACAUAGAUGUGUUUGAAAUCAACGAGGCCUUCGCCAGUCAGGUGGUGUACUGUGUGGACAAACUGGGCAUCUCUCUGGACAAGGUGAACCCAAACGGGGGGUCCAUCGCUCUGGGCCACCCUCUGGGCUGCACGGGGGCGCGGCAGGUGGUCACGCUGCUGAACGAGCUGCGGCGCAGAGGUCGGAGGGCCUACGGAGUCGUGUCCAUGUGCAUCGGUACCGGCAUGGGAGCCGCUGCUGUGUUCGAGUACCCCGGGCCGUAGCAGCAGAACUGGACCUUCAGAACCAAGAACUAACACCUGGAAUAAUUUAGACUUUUCUCUUUGUCACCCUGCUGAACAGAACUGAGGUUCUGAUUUCUCCAGUUCUAAUAAUACAAAUAAUGAUGUGGACCACUACAGAACCUGCUGGUUCUGAACCCAGGACACCCAGAACCAGGUCAGGUCUGCUCAGACCCAACAGAACCACCUGGGUUCAGWUCUUUUGUCUCUUUAUUGAUGCUGAAACACUGCAGGAAACCUUAAAGUUCUACUUCUUGUUAUUUCUGCUGAGUCAGCAGAUUUAAAUUUUGAUUUUUAAGAUUUUGCUGAGUCAGUGGGAUGAAUUGGUCUGAGUGUGCUGAGUCAGCAGAUUAAAUUUUUUUUUACCAAUUUUGACAAGUCGGCAAAUCAAAUACGUCUGAUUUUGCUGAGUCAGCAGAUGAUUUUUUUCAGAUUUUGUUGUCAGAUUUUUUUUUUUCAGAUUUUGCUGAGUCAACAGGAAAAAUGAUUGUGCUGAGUCAGCAGAUUAUUUGUUUAGAUUUUGUUGUCAGAUUAAAUUUGUUCAGAUUUUGCUGAGUCAGCAGGAUGAAUUGAUCUGAUUGUGCUGAGUCAACAGAAAAAUUUGAUUGU